AUGAGAAGCCCUUGGUUCAGUAAACCAUUUGCUAUUUUUGGCCCCAGACUGCCAAUUAGUUGGUUGCUGUUGUGCUUUGUUUGUGUGCUUGGACUAAUCGCUAUCCUGGGUUCUACUUCUUCGAGUGCAUUUGAUUCUGUGACUCCUACUCCAGUGCCUGAUAUUUACUCCAAUUAUAGAAGGUUAAAGGAGCAAGCUGCUGUUGACUAUUUAGAGCUUAGAACACUCUCGAUAGGAGCUGGUCGGCAAAGAGAGUUGGGACUUUGUGGCAGAGAAAAAGAAAAUUACGUGCCUUGUUACAAUGUUUCAGCAAAUUUUUUCACUGGGUUUAAAGAUGGGGAGGAGUUUGAUCGGCACUGUGAAAUGUCAGGACUCAGGGAACGUUGUUUGGUUCGCCCUCCAAAGGACUAUAAGAUCCCCUUAAGGUGGCCUGCUGGUAGGGAUGUCAUCUGGAGUGCAAAUCUUAAGAUAACCAAAGACCAGUUUCUAUCUUCUGGAAGCAUGACCAAAAGGUUGAUGUUACUGGAAGAGAAUCAAUUUGCCUUUCACUCUGAGGAUGGAUUGAUCUUUGAUGGAGUGAAAGAUUAUUCUCGCCAGGUUGCAGAGAUGAUAGGACUAGGAAGUGACACUGAAUUUCUUCAAGCCGGUGUACAAACUGUGCUAGAUAUUGGUUGUGGAUUUGGUAGUUUUGGAGCCCAUUUAGUAUCUCUGAAACUAAUGUCCCUUUGUAUUGCGGCAUAUGAGGCAACUGGAAGCCAAGUUCAAAUUGCCCUUGAAAGAGGUCUUCCAGCAAUGAUUGGCAAUUUUAUUUCACGACAACUUCCAUAUCCAUCAUUGUCAUUUGACAUGGUUCAUUGUGCUCAAUGUGGUAUUGUUUGGGAUGAAAAAGAUGGCAUGUUCCUUAUUGAAGUGGAUCGAGUUCUCAAGCCUGGAGGUUACUUUGUUUUAACUUCACCAGCAAGCAAUCCACAUGGAAGUUCAUUGAGUACAAAGAAGAGAAGCACACUGACACCAAUAGAAGAAUUUACUGAAAAAAUCUGUUGGAGUCUUAUAGCUCAGCAGGAUGAGACUUUCAUCUGGCAGAAAACUGUGGAUGUUUACUGCUACAAAUCUCGCAAGCAUGGUGCUCCAGCACUUUGCAAUGAUGGCCACAACACUCCAUAUUAUCAACCCCUUGUGUCAUGUAUAAGUGGGACCACUAGCAAUCGCUGGAUUCCCAUCCAGAACAGGUCCUGUGGUCCCCAUUUGAGCUUAGCAGAGCUUGAACCAGAAGAUUUCUUUGAAGACUCUCAGGUUUGGAGAUCAGCUCUCAGAAAUUACUGGUCUUUGCUUUCACCUAUAAUUUUCUCCGACCAUCCUAAGAGGCCAGGUGAUGAAGAUCCAACACCUCCAUUUAACAUGGUACGCAACGUUAUGGACAUGAAUGCUCAAUAUGGAGGUUUAAAUGCUGCAAUGCUGGAGGAAAAGAAAUUAGUUUGGGUGAUGAAUGUUGUGCCUGUCAGGGCUCCUAAUACACUUCCUCUCAUACUUGAUCGUGGUUUUGCUGGUGUUGUACAUGACUGGUGUGACCCAUUCCCCACAUACCCUCGAACAUAUGACAUGCUUCAUGCUAGUGGGCUUCUCUCGCAUCUUAGUUCAGAGAGAUGCAGUAUGAUGGAUUUAUUUUUAGAGAUGGAUCGAAUUCUACGGCCUGAGGGAUGGGUUAUCUUUUCUGAUAAAUCGGGAGCUAUUGAGAUGGCACGAGCACUUUCUAUGCAGAUACACUGGGAAGCAAGGGUGAUUGAUCUAGAUAAUGGCAGCGACCAGCGGCUACUUGUUUGCCAAAAACCAUUUGUGAAAAAAUGA